ACCAAAAAAAAAAAAAUGGAUCCUCCAACUCUCCUGCUGUUGCUUCUUCUAAUGUUCGCUUCCGGCAUAAACGCCCAAUUCCCAGCCACCUACUGCGGUUCCACCGGCAACUUCACCGCCAACAGCACCUACCAAGCCACCCUCACCGCCCUCCUCUCCUCCAUCUCCACCACCAACUCCUCGUCCCUCUCCUACGGCUUCUUCAACGCCUCUGCCGCCGUCUCUGGCGCCUCCCAAACCCUCUACGUCUUCGGCCUCUGCCGCGGUGACUUGACCGCCGAGAGCUGCCGAGCCUGCCUCGAUGGCUUGGCGUCCGACAUCCGCCAGCUCUGCCCCCUCCAGGAGGAGGCACUCCUCUAUACCGGGAAUUGCAUCAUCCGGUACUCGAACGCCUUGUUCUUCGGCGCAGUCGCCAAAGAACCCACUUACGUGGCGAGAACCACCGACAACGUCUCGAGCCCGGACACAUACGGUGCCGCGAUGAGGAAGCUCCUGAACAGUCUGUGGCCCGAGGCGGCGGGUGGAGGCUCGCUGAGAAAGUACGCGUCGGGGAACGGAUCAGCGGGGACUGACAUGAUCUACGCGUUGACACAGUGCACACCGGACUUAACGGAGCAGCAAUGCGGAGACUGCCUAUUGUUAGGCGUCCAGACGAUCAGGGAUUGCUGUGACAGGUACACAGGAGGACGGUUCAUGGUGCCAAGUUGCCUGAUUCUGUACGAGACCAAUCAUCAGUUCUUCGACCCGGUCAGUGUGCAACUCCCGUCGCCGCCAUCGCCAUCCCCAUCGCAGGCGGCAGAUGUGCUGCCUCCACCGCCAGGCAAAAGCAAUAAAACUACUGUGAUAAUCAUCGCCGUCGCUGUUCCUGUUGGCGUAGCCGUGGUGCUUCUCUUCCUCGCUUGUUGUUUCAGGUGGAGGAAAGCGGCCAAGACUUACGAAGUCGCCCAAGGAGAUGAAAGCGGCGUAGACGACAUUACAAACAUCGAGUCCUUGCAGUACGAUUUGGCCACCAUACAAGCCGCCACGGACAACUUCUCUCAUCAAAACAAGUUGGGCGAGGGCGGAUUUGGUGAAGUUUUCCAGGGUAGGCUCCCUAAUGGACAACAGAUCGCCGUGAAGAGACUAUCUCAAGGCUCGGGACAAGGUGCCGGAGAAUUCAAGAACGAGGUCGUACUGGUGGCGAAGCUUCAGCAUCGAAACCUCGCCCGGCUGCUUGGGUUCUGCUUGGAGGGUGAAGAAAAACUGCUUGUCUACGAGUUUGUGCCGAACAAAAGCCUCGACUCCUUUUUAUUUGAUCCUGAGAAGAGCAGGCAAUUGGAUUGGCCGAUACGUUACAAAAUAAUAUACGGGAUUGCUCGAGGAAUGCUCUACUUACAUGAGGACUCUCGGCUUCGGAUCAUUCACCGCGAUCUGAAAGCGAGCAACAUCUUGUUGGAUGGUGAAAUGAACCCGAAGAUUUCAGAUUUCGGCAUGGCAAGGAUUUUCGGAGUCGAUCAAACACAGGCGAACACGAACAAAAUUGUGGGGACUUUUGGUUACAUGUCACCUGAGUAUGUGAUGCACGGGAAGUUCUCCGUGAAGUCCGAUGUCUAUAGUUUCGGCGUCCUACUUCUUGAGCUCAUUAGUGGUAAGAAGAACAGUUUCUUCUACCAAGCAGAUCGGGGCGAAGAUCUCGCUAGCUACGCCUGGAAAAAUUGGAGAGACAGCACGCCGUUGGAGGUGUUGGAUCCAGCCAUUAGCGACUCAUAUUCGAGGAAUGAAGUUCUUAGAUGCCUCCACAUUGGUUUACUAUGUGUUCAGGAAGAUCCAAUGGAUAGACCCACAAUGGCAAACAUAGUCCUUAUGUUGAACAGCUACUCCGUUUCUCUCGCGCUGCCCCAGCAGCCAGCCUUCUUCCUCCGGAGCAGGACCGACAGACCCAUGAAAGACCUCGAAUCGGACCAAUCCGCCACCAGGUCUAUGCCGUUGUCGACCAAUGAGAUGUCGGUCAGCGAAGUUUACCCCCGGUGAACCGUGAAGUGAUCGGAAAUCUUUCUUCAGGAUAGUCUCACAGAGACCUUGAUCAUAAGGUCCUUGGGAUUCCACUGAGAUCAAUAAUGAACAAUGAGCAAACACCUUUGUCCUGUACAUGUAAAGGUACAAAGCGUCUGCCCUUUGAGGCCAAUCAUGUUUUGAUCCACUAGGCAUGGUAGGCUGUUUAAGAAAUG